CCACCCCAGAACGUUGGACGCGUUUCGCCGCGGUCCCUCCACCACCACCACCCUCACGCCGUCUCCCGCCACCGAUCAGCAAACCACUCCAGGAUGUCCUACAUGCUCCCUCACCUGCACAAUGGCUGGCAAGUGGACCAGGCCAUCCUGUCGGAGGAGGACCGUGUCCUUGUCAUUCGCUUUGGCCACGACUGGGACCCCACCUGCAUGAAGAUGGAUGAGGUCCUUUACUCCAUCGCGGAGAAGGUUAAGAAUUUUGCAGUGAUCUAUUUGGUUGACAUCACCGAGGUGCCGGACUUCAACAAAAUGUAUGAACUCUACGAUCCCUGCACCUGCAUGUUCUUCUUUAGAAACAAGCACAUCAUGAUCGACCUGGGCACGGGAAACAACAACAAGAUCAACUGGGCGCUGGAGGACAAGCAGGAGAUGGUGGACAUUGUGGAGACGGUUUAUCGUGGAGCUCGCAAGGGCCGAGGGCUUGUUGUGUCACCCAAAGACUACUCCACCAAAUACCGAUACUAGUCACUCACUUAGUCACUCAGUCACUCGCUCAGUCACUCACUCGCUCAGUCACUCGCUUAGUCACUCGCUCAGUCACUCGCUUAUUCACUCGCU